AUGGGAUGUCCAUUAUGUGGAAAGCAUACUGAUAGUUUAUGGUUACCUAAUAGCAGGAAGCAUGUUUACAUGUGUCAUAGAAAGGGAUUAUCACCCACGCAUAGUUACCGUGGGAAGAAGGCAUGGUUCGAUGGAAAAGUUGAAUAUGGAAGGAAGGGUAGGAUUCUAACGGGUCAUAACAUAUCUGUGUUACUGAAGAAUUACAAAAACGAGUUUGGAAAUGUUAGACAAGCUGGAAGGAAAAGAAAAAGGGUUAUUCCUGCGGAGUCAUUAGCUGAUAGUGAAGACGAAGAAUCCGAAUCAGAGGAGGAAGAGGAAGUAGAUGAAGAAGAAUUAUCUAGAUGGAAGAAACGAUCUAUCUUUUUCAAUCUUCCUUAUUGGGAGGAACUCCCGGUCAGACAUAACUUAGACGUUAUACACGUAGAAAGAAAUGUUGCAGCGAGCAUCAUUUCCACCUUGCUGCAUUGUGGAAAUUCAAAAGACGGUCUUAAUGCUCGUAAAGAUCUACACGUCCUUGGUAUUAGGAAAGAGUUGCAUCCUAAAGCCAGAGGCAAACGAACUUACUUACCUGCAGCACCGUGGACUUUGUCAAAGGAAGAGAAGAGACUAUUCUGCAAGCGUCUACAUGAGUUCAAAGGACAGGAUGGUUAUUGCUCCAAUAUAUCCAGGGAGAAAAUAUCAGGAAUGGAAAACGAAAUCGUUGAGACUAUUUGUAUGUUUGAGAGAUUUUUCCCACCUAGUUUCUUUGAUAUAAUGGUUCACUUGUGUAUACAUCUUGGGAGGGAAGCUAGAUUAGGUGGACCUGUGCACUUUCGAUGGAUGUAUCCUUUCGAGAGACACAUGAAACUGUUGAAAGACUACGUCAGGAAUCCUGCAAGACCGGAAGGAUGUAUUGCUGAAUCAUAUCUAGCAGAGGAAUGUAUGCAGUUCUGCAGAGAUUUCUUGAGGAAGACCACAAGUGUCGAAGGUAGACAAGAACGAAAUACUGAAUACGAAAGCACUUCUAUACUCGGAGGGCGACCUAUUUCUGCUGGGAGGUCUAUCACACUUUCUGAAGUGGAAAAGAAAACAGCACACCUAGCUGUCAUUCAGAAUACCACACUGAUACCACUUGACUCUACGGAACAUGAUGACACACUUAAGUGGAUUUCAUAUGGUCCACGUAAUAUGGCUAGAUCAUACACUGGUUACGUUGUUAAUGGUCUGCGGUUUCACACAACAUCAGUUCAGAGACAAACGCAAAACAGUGGAGUAUAUUAUGAAGCAACUGCAAUGUGUCGAGCCAGUGCAAGAGACACUUCCCAAAUCGUGGAUUUGGUUUCUUAUUAUGGCAGAGUGGUGGACAUUAUCUUAUUAGACUACAACGUAUUCUACAUACCUCUAUUCCGAUGUCAAUGGGCGGUCAGAGGCAACGGUGUGAAGGUGGACGAAAGUUUUACGUUGGUCAACUUGAACCAAAGUCAAGUCUUUUUCGCAAGGGAUCCAUUCAUUAUGGCAUCUCAAGCUAAGCAAAUAUUCUAUUCCAGAGAGGACGAGUCUUCAAAUUGGUAUGUGGUUAUGAGAGGCCCUUCAAGGAGAUACACUGAGGCAGACAGUGAUGAGGCAGAUGCUGGGCCAUUACCAUUGAGUGUUGACAUGAACGUAGAAGAUGUUGACGCUGAAGACCAACCUGCAAGGGUUGAUUGUGAAGGAAUAUACGUUUAG